CCAUCCCUCACCCUUCAUUCCGUCCGACAAUGCUCACCCCUCGGAGCCUAGCAUGAAGAGCUUAGCCGAGUCUAGAGUAUAACACCUCACGGCUCGGAUCAUAGCGGUCUUGGAGCUUAGGAAUACUUUUCUCGUGACCAGCGCCGCAUAAUCGGGCUGCUGCGAUCCCCCCUCGGUCGCACAACGCCCUCAGGGGCUCAGCAGCUCGGUCCGAGGUCUCGGUAAACAGUGUAGCACUGAGGCUGCUUCAGUCCCCCCAAAAAAUGAACGUGCAGCCUCUCAUAUGCCAAUGGGGCGUUAUCGGCAAUGGCCCUGCAGCGACCAGGUUCAUUCAAGAUGUCAAAGCAGCAGCGGCAGCCCAAGGCAAGGGGUCUGUUCUACCCAUACAGCAUCGCAUUACCGCUAUUAUGAUUUCAGCAGCCCAACCUUCUGCAAAGGAGUUCCUUGAGUGUCAUUUUCCAUCCAUUGCAUCCUCUUCUGAUCCAUCGCCUGCGCAUGCAGCAACCACGUCCGUGUUGCUCGCCUCCCCAAACGUAGACGCGGUGAUCAUCGACUCGCCUCAGACAGAGCAGUACAACAACGCGGAACUUGCACUACGUGCCGGGAAGGCCGUACUACUUGUCAAGCCUCUCGGGAUCUCUGCUGACGAAGCAAGGCGCCUGACAGAGAUUGCAAAGUCGAAGAAGACCUGGCUGGGAAUCCUAAUGAAGGAGACCAAGAAGGACAAGACCAGUUUGCGAUGGAUCGCAGACGAAUGUGCUAGAUGCAGAGAAAGGCUGCUCCCAGAGAGCUCACAGACUGGCUGGGAGGACAACAUCUGCAUCUUGGAGCUGCUCGACGAAAUGAGGGCAUCUGGAGCUGUCCCUGAGACCGACAGGUCAGCCUCUAAGCCUGCGGAUGUUGCAAACCAUUCAGCAGCAGACUCAGCUGCGCCGAAGUCGCGUGAGGAGGCGACAGAAGUAGAGACCCCUCAGAAGAAGCCUGCAUCUGCUCAUGACGAGAUUGACUUGGCUCCCCGGAAGUAUCCUCGAUCGCCUCAUCCGGGACCCUCCCGACUUAGUAAUAUUCUCGAAAGUCCGACCCCAUCAAGCAUCAAAGCUGCGCCGGAAGGCCUCCCACAGGCCCUACCUGCUGCAAACGGAGUGACCACGGACACUUCGAUCAAUUCAAGCAAUGCCAAUGCUUCGUCGACAGAUGCUGAGGACAGCGAUCGGAAAAGGUCCGCUGUGUCGAUCGAGGCGCAUGAGGUGACAUCUUUACGAGCGCAAGUACAAGAGCUGAAGCACCUGUUGCGACAGAAGAAUGCCCAUGUGGCAGCCUUGGAGACAGGAAGUACCCAGUCAAAUGGCGACAGUAGUCUGGCUGCUGGAGUGAGCAAGCCAAGGGCAAGCGUCAGAGUCUCUAUGCCUCCGAGGGCUUAUUCAGACAAGCCGUACACAGGAGGGCUCCCACCUCCUACCAGACCUGUGAGGACGAGGACGACGAGCGGAACCUCGAUUCCAUCUGCUCCGGUUUCAAGUCGGCCGACACCUUCCUCUGCGGAAUCUGUGGCAUCGCGUCGUAGGGCGGAUGCUACUGUCGAAGUAGCGGCGUCAGCAGAGAACAUUCGGCCGUCCAGUCGGGCCAGUAGUACUGCAGGAACAGAUGUCAGUACUGGCCCCUCUUCGGCUAGAUUCCUCGCGCCUACUGUGGCGAGCGAGAGACGGCGUCUUGCAAGUCUGAAUGACCAAGUCAAUGUCAUUGCUCGUAGAGCUGUCAGCGGCGAUGCGGCUACAUCUUCAAGCUCCGAGUCGGACAAGGCGAAUUUACAUGCCAACAAGCUCAUUCUUCAGCUGAACAACGAGUUGCAACACGUGAGAAGCCAGCUGGAAUCCAACAAGACUCAAUUCUCCAUCUCGCAACGCAACUUGACCACGUUGCAAAAGUCGUACGACUCGACGAAAGAGGCGCUGCACAAAGCCCGAGUGGAAGUCGAGAGGCAUGCGACAGCACUGGCUCGAAAGGAGCGCCAGACUCUAGAAGCACAAGAGCGGGCACGCAAAGCUGAGGACGAAGCCAAGGAGCUGGGAAGAUCCUCACGAGAGCUCGGCACCCGUGUGCGUCAGGUAGAGAGCGAGUUGGGGGACGUGAGGAGAGCUCAGGCUCAUGCCGUAGCUGGAUACGAAGCCAUUACCUCUGCCUGGAAGAAGACUCGGGCUCAUUGGGAGGAAGAGGUAAAGGGGCUUCGAGGACAGUUGCAAGACGUGGUCAAGGAGCAUAAGGCGCAGGCGCAGAGUGCCUUGGACAAGUUUGAGGCGGCAGAGGAAGAGUGGAAGGGCAGAGAGGGCGAGAAGAAGGGACUUGAGGCAGUGUUGGAGGGUCUUAAGGCCGAGAGGGAGAAGGCCCGAGUGCAAGUCGCGGGAGUGGUAGAUGGCUUGGUGAGCAGACUGGCUGCCCACGAAGAGGAGAGGGAAGGACAGGAUCGCAAGGUGGAAGAGGUACGUGGAGAGCUCCAGCGGCUAUUGAGGUUUAUGAGAGAGGGAGUUACAGAUCCGGAUCAGAUCAGAAAGGGGGUCCUCGUGCAGUAGUCUACCAUUCAAUCGCCUGUGAUACAUUCAACAUUUCCGCUCCUUCAUACCCAGCACUAAUGCGAUCCUUUUC